AUGGCUCUCACUCCAAGCAGCCGAGGUGGAGCGAAUGACGCCUUUGCAGCAGUGGCCGGCCAACAGUCCACUAACCGCGCAGCCUUGUUGUUCUACGAGUUCGACUCUUCCGCCCAUGUAUUCGAGGCGAUCAAAAAUAACGCAACGUUGAGGGAGGAGACGUCGUGGCAGGAACAUGACCCUAGUGUUGUCCGAACGCCCGUCGUCGAGAGCCCCGGCACAGGGGAAGUCCAACCGGGGAUCAAUCCGAAACCCAGUGCCACAUGGGAAUGGGAUGACAAGGAAAAGCUGUGGUACAUGAUGUGGGCUUUCGCCGGAGAUACCUGGUGUGUAUAUCAGAACGGUUGCAAAUACAAGUUGGAUAAGGCCAACGUCUGGAAAUCGGAAUAA